AUGACCGAAAAUAUAAUCACUCAGGUAUCCCAAGACUCGUACCCACCUGUUCCGCAACAAGCAUAUGAGGAAGGGGAUAACAUAGACUACGACUCUACUAUACAUUUGAAUAUUAGAGGUACAAAAUUCACAAUAACCAGAGAUGAAUUAAUGAGCUUACCGGAGAGCAUAUUAUUAUGUUUAUUCCCCAAUGGUGUAUUUUUGGAUGAAUAUGGCCAAGUAAUUACAAAUUUGACAGAGGAAGAUAUCGUGUAUGUUAAUUUUGAGCCUGAUUGCUUUCAAUAUAUUAUUGACACUUUUGGCCAGGCUCAGCGUGAUUUACAGGAAAUGCCCCCUGUAUCGCCUCAAGUUAGUGGUUUCGGACGCUUUUCACAGCAGGAUACAGGAGCCAAUGUGCUACAAAGUAAGCCUGCAAUUAUAGUCUUGAGAGAAGAUCUUGACUACUAUGUUAUUCCCCCAAUUGCAGGUCUUAACGCAGAGCAAAUAAGACACAUCAAAUUACAAGUAUCGGCAAUUUUGACAAAAAAUAAGAUGAUAUUUAGUGGUUUAGGCUACGACCCAUCGCUUUCUCCUUCUAUAGAGCAAAACUUGGGUCCUGCUGAACAGCAUUUGUUCGACAUGUUAUGUUCUAGUGGAUUCGAGCCAACCGGAAAAUGGGGCAGUAGGUCGCCAGAACCUAGUAAAUGUGUUAUUCUGUCUUUGCUGUUGGUUCGUUUGAGACCAGAUGAGCCCGAAGUCCCCGAGUCACCAUCAUUGGAUCCAAUACCAUCUGAAGCUUCUCUUGCUUCAAGAAAGUCAAGGUCUCGUAUCGCAAACUUAGCUUCCAGCGCAUCGCGGGCUGCUUCCAGAUCAUUAUCCAGGACCAGAAAGAAUACAAACUCGAAUCAAACUAAACUUUUAUUGUUUUGGAGAAAGCCAGCUAGAAAAUGCUGGUGGUCGAAUGAAACUAUAGAUGUUGAUGUAACAAACAUUUUGCCUAACCAAAAGGUUAUGACAGUUAAAGCACACAUUAGAAGAGUCUGGACUUUGGAAUUAUCGGUUAUUGGUGUUCAAUAA